ACGAUGUGCGUGAACGGGAUGACGCAACGUUGACUCUCUUCUUGGACCAGUCAGAUUGCAACUGGCAGCAGUGAAUCAAACUGCCUGUAAAGAGAGGAGAGCACGCAGUUGCUUUUCCUCUUACACUCUUCACCGACCGAUUAACGGCAACAACAUUUCCGGACAACGUUUGUUUAUCCGAUAAAACCCACUCUUUCCUCCUCUACCUGUUGGACUCGGCCCUAAUCAUGUCUAAAGGUACAGUGGUUCUGGCCUAUAGCGGUGGACUGGACACAUCCUGUAUUCUGGUUUGGCUGAAGGAACAGGGCUACGAUGUGAUCACGUACUUGGCCAACAUUGGGCAAAAUGAAGAUUUUGAAGCUGCCCGGGAAAAGGCAGAAAUGCUCGGUGCAAAGAAGGUUUUUAUUGAAGACCUGCGUGCAGAGUUUGUGAAGGACUUCAUCUGGCCCGCAGUUCAGGCCAAUGCUGUCUACGAGGACCGAUACCUGCUGGGCACUUCGGUAGCACGGCCUUGCAUCGCCCGUCGUCAGGUCGAGAUUGCAAUCAGGGAAGGUGCCAAUUUUGUCUCCCAUGGUGCCACAGGAAAGGGCAAUGACCAGAUACGUUUUGAGCUCACAUGCUACGCCCACUACCCUGACGUUAAGAUCAUUGCACCGUGGAGGAUCCCUGAGUUCUACAACCGCUUCCGGGGGAGAAAAGACCUGAUGGAAUAUGCACAGAAACAUGGCAUCCCUGUGCCUGUCACUCCUCGGGCACCCUGGAGCAUGGACGCCAACCUCAUGCAUAUAAGCUACGAGUCUGGCAUCCUGGAGAAUCCUAAGGCAAUAAAGACACUCACAAAGACCCAUGCUCCGGCUGACCUGUACCAGAUGACCAAGAACCCAGAAGAUUCUCCCAACGUCCCAGAUGUACUGGAGAUAGAGUUCAGAAACGGAGUGCCUGUCACAGUGACAAAUGUGAAGGAAGGCACAUCCAAGGACUCGCCACUGGAUAUCUACUCAUACCUCAAUGAGAUUGGUGGAAGGCAUGGCGUGGGUCGGAUUGACAUUGUAGAGAACCGUUUCAUUGGCAUGAAGUCCCGAGGGAUCUAUGAAACCCCAGGAGGCACAAUUCUGUUGAUGGCCCAUUUGGACAUUGAGACCUUUACCAUGGACAAAGAGGUCCGUCGUAUCAAACAGGGUCUGGGUAUCAAGUUCUCUGAACUCGUCUACAACGGUUUCUGGUACAGUCCGGAGUGUGAUUUUGUGCGACACUGUAUAGCCAAGUCCCAGGAGAAUGUGGAAGGCAAAGUACAGCUGUCUGUCUUCAAGGGUCAGGUCUACAUCCUGGGACGAGAAUCACCCAAGUCCCUUUACAAUGAAGAGUUGGUCAGCAUGGAUGUGCAGGGAGACUACGACCCAUGUGAUGCCUCUGGAUUCAUCAAGAUUAAUGCUGUCAGGUUAAGGGAACACCAUCGUCUGCAGGGCUUCAGCACCAAGCAGUAACUGCUGCAGUCCUGUGAACCAUCCAGGCCUCCCUCGUUAAAUACAGGUUAAAUAAAAAAUUAUCCGCGGUUUAGACUUUGUGCAUCCAUUGUCUACCUUUUAGCUUAUUGUCUACUUUGUGACUUACUGUAAAACCGUGACAAUUCUUAGGUGGUGGAGGAAGAAAAAUGUACAAAAUGUAACAUCAAGACAGGAAAAGUGUUUGAAUCAGGUGGACAGAUGAUAGUUAAAUUUAUUGUGGAUGAGAAUUUUAGUUGUAUGUAUUAUAAUUUAUUUGCUGAAUUUGCUUGGAAUCAGUAAAAGUUCAAAAAUUAAAUCGA